AUGGACGCCCCUCGAUCGUGUUCUCAACUCACUCUCGGGACGACCUUCGUCAACGUCGAGCCAUGUUCGUUUCCCAAGCUCGAUGCGCCUACUUCCUGCCCUCCCACUGGCGAUAGCGCGUCCGGGGAGGAGCCGGCAGCAAAGAUGUCGAACGCACGGCGCUACGUGCUCUUCGCCAUGUUCUGCGUCGCGAACGCGCUGGACUCGUACAACCUCAACGCGCUGUUCACGGCCCUCCCCGUGUUGAGGGAGCACUUCGGCCUGGGCGAGGCCGACGCGAGUUGGGUCAUGAGCGCGUUCGAGCUCACGUAUGCGGCCUUUCUGCUUGUUAGUGGCCGAAUCAGCGAUGUCUACAAUCCCAAGUCUCCAUUCGUCCUCGGCGUGCUCUCUCUUGGACUUCUGUCGCUCGGCGCUGGUUUCGUGAAGAAUGGGAUUGGACUCAUCAUCAUCAGAGCGCUCUGCGGAAUAUGUGCCGCGCUCAGUAUCCCGUCGUCUCUGGCAUUAAUUGUUCGGUUGUUCCCUGAGCCACAUGCGCAGAGUGUCGCCAUCGCCCUGUUCGGGGGCGUUGGUGCGCUCGGGAAUGUGUUCGGGACUAUGAUCGCCGCAGUGUUCAUUCAGUUCGCCAACUACCGCUGGAUAUUCUUUUUCAGCUCGAUGCUCGGAAUACCGGCAGCACUCAUAUGCUUCAUCCUCGUACCCGCGCCACAGAUCGAUCAGCGCGACAAUGAGGGUGUGUUCUCGCGGCUGCAUAAGUUGAAGAAACUAGACCUGGCUGGGGUGAGCAUCCUCACGGUCGCACUCAUCCUCUUCAUCUUCGCCAUCACAAGCGGAUCCGAUGACGGGUGGUCCUCCGCUCGCGUCUUGGCGCCAUUGAUCAUCUCCAUAUUUAUGCUAGUAGCAUUUUUCUACUGGGAAGCAUGGAUCCCUGCAAACAACGCUGCCGUACCUCCUAGCACCUGGUUCCUGCCCAAUUUCGCAGUGCUCUUCGGCGCAGCGCUCCUGCCAUACUUCUGGUGGACGACCGUCUUCGUCGUGUUCUUCCCGCUUUGGCAACAGGUGUACGGCUGGUCCGCUAUCAAGUCAGGGUUGCAUAUGAUUCCUGUUGGCAUAGCUGCAACGGUCGUGAGCUUCACCAGCCCGCUCGGCCGCUACGUGCCGCCGAAGGUCCUGAUCCUCUUCGGCCACGUCCUCGCCGUCGCUGCGACGAUCCUGCUCGCGUUCGGCGAUGGCGAGAACAAAUACUGGCGUUUCAUUUUCCCGGGCCUCAUCAUCGGCUCCGCGGGGGCCAUGCUCAUCUACAUGCACGCUAAUCUAUAUUGUGUCGUGGCGCCUGCGCGCAGCAUCUCGAUCUUCAAGACGGCGCCAUCCACGAUGGCCGGGGUCAUCGGCGCGAUGUUCAACUGCGCGAUCCAGCUUGGCGCAGCCCUCGGGCUCGCAAUCGACACCUCGAUCGAGACGUCUAUCGAGAUUAAGGACGGCGCGGACGGGUUCCAACACUUCCGUGGCCGACGUGCCGUGCUGUGGUGGCUGCUCGCUGCCGUCUGUGCGGAGAUGGUCGCGAUUCUCGUGUUUUAUCAUAGCUCGCCGCCGGCUUCGCCCGCGGAAGAGUCAUGCUAUCCCGAGGCAGAGAGUGGCCGGACAGAGAAAAAAUGCAUAGAAAAUGGCGUGGAACGUGCGAUUUGA